AUGGGAAAGAAGAACCAAACAAGAAGUUCAGAAUUUCUUCUUAUGGGAUUUUCAGAGUCAUCUGAACUGCAGCCCCUCAUAUUUGGGCUUUUUCUCUCCAUGUACCUGAUCACUAUGUUUGGAAACCUGCUCAUCAUCCUGGCCGUCAGCUCAGAUCCCCAUCUCCACACCCCCAUGUACUUCUUCCUCUCCAACCUGUCCUUUGUAGACAUCUGUUUCACCUCCACCACCAUCCCAAAGAUGCUAAAGAACAUUUGGGCACAGAGUAAAGUUAUAACCUAUGAAGGCUGCAUUAUCCAGAUGCAGUUUUUUGCACUCUUUAUAGGAUUGGACGUCUUCCUCCUGACUGUGAUGGCCUAUGACCGCUUUGUGGCCAUCUGCCACCCCCUGCACUACACAGUCAUCAUGAACCCCCGGAUCUGUGGACUGAUGGUGCUGGUGUCCUGGAUCAUCAGUGUCCUGAAUUCCUUGUUAGAAAGCUUAAUGAUGUUGAGACUGUCCUUCUGUACUGUCUUAGAAAUUCCCCAUUUUUUCUGUGAACUCAAUCAGAUGAUCCAACUUGCCUGUUCUGACACCUUUCUCAAUAAUUUGGAGAUGUAUUUUAAAGCUGUGUUCCUGGCUGGUGGUUCCCUUAUAUGUAUCGUUUACUCUUACUCUAAGAUAGUUUCCUCCAUACAUAGAAUCUCAUCUGCUCAGGGGAAGUAUAAAGCAUUUUCCAGCUGUGCAUCACAUCUUUUAGUUGUCUCGAUAUUUUAUUGUACAGGCUUAGGUGUUUACCUUAGCUUGGCUGGUACUCACAGCUCACACUCAAGUGCCACAGCCUCGGUGAUGUACACUGUGGUCACACCCAUGCUGAACCCCUUCAUCUACAGUCUGAGGAAUAAAGACUUAAAGAAGGGUCUGAAAAAACUCUUUGGAAAGUCAACAUCAACAAAUGGCACCAAGCAACCUAACAAAGGUUUUAGAAUUUCUUCUUCAGAGGGAUUUUCAGAGGAAUCAGCACUGCAGCCCCUCGUAUUUGGUCUUUUCCUUUCCAUGUACCUGGUCACUGUGUUUGGAAACCUGCUCAUCAUCCUGGCCAUCAGCUCAGACUCCCACCUCCACACCCCCAUGUACUUCUUCCUCUCCAACCUGUCCUUUGUAGACAUCUGCCUCACCUCCACCACCAUCCCGAAGAUGCUGCAGAACAUAUGGAAAGAGAGCAAAGCCAUCACCCAUGAAGGCUGCAUCACCCAGAUGCAUUUUUUCAUACUGUUUGCAGGAUUGGAUGACUUCCUCCUGACUGUGAUGGCCUAUGAUCGGUUUGUGGCCAUCUGCCACCCCCUGCACUACACAGUCAUCAUGAACCCCCAGCUCUGUGUAAUUCUGGUUGUGGUUAGCUGGGUCAUUAGUGUCCUGCAUUCCUUGAUACGGACCUUCAUGCUGGGCUACGGGGUGGUGGUCCCUUCCCAGGUAUAUUUUACUCUUACUGUAAGAUUGCUUCCUCCAUACGUGGAAUUUCAUCAGCUCAGGUGCAUAUUCAAGUACAGUCACCUCAGUGAUGUACACUGUGGUCACACCCAUGCUGAACCCCUUCAUCUACAGUCUGAGGAACAAAGACUUAAAGAGGGCUCUGCAAAAUUCUUCAGAAAGCAGCUCUAA